CCGCACUCGACUGCAGCCACCGCCAUUGCCAGCCGUCCACACCAUGAAGCCCACCUGUCUGCCACUGCGCGCCCGGUCGCGGCCAGUGUGCCAGCUGUGCGACUUCAUCCUGCAGCAGCCCGCCCCCCGCCGCUCUUUCCUGUCUGCGUCCGCCCUCAAGGCACUCUCGCCCUCGCCCUCGCCCUCGACUCGCAGGCAGAGCACGCGCAACCACGGCGCCCUCCCCCGCAUACCCGUCCGACCCAUCACCACCACAGCCGUCCGGAGAGCACAGGGCGCAGAAGUCGCGGAAGAUGGGGGCCUGCAGCUGUCCGACAGAAUCGCCGCCAUCAAGACCAAGCUCGCCGAGGUGGAAAGACACAUCAAAGCCAUAUACGACUCGCCCCGCGUCGAGCCCGAAGCCCUGACACUGCGCGCCCUCGACAGCCUGGAGGACAUCGCCCAGCAAGCCAUAUCCAUCCGCUCGCGCCAGCCGCUCCCCACCAAGACGCCCAUCCGCCAGAGCUCCGCCGGCGCAAUCCUCUCGGGCCUCAGCAGCGACGCGCCCACCCACACACCGCAGAAGCCCGCACGCACAAGACUCGGCCUGAACGAGCUGCCCUCGCCCGCCUACCUCUCCAAGCUCGCCGAGGACCUGAUCCGCCACGCCAAAGUCUUCAUCUCGCCCAACGUGCUAGCCGUCUACAUCCACCUGCAGCGCCUGCUGGCCCGGCCCCGCACCCUCCCAGAAGCCCUCUACCUCUACGCCAACAAACCCACCCCCAUCGAAUCCUCCUCCCCGCCGCGCUUCUCCCGCCCGUCCCCCAAAUCCGCAAAACAAGCCAUCCCCGCCGACCUCGCCGCCAAAGCCCUCACCGCCGCAAUCGACGCAAAAGACAUCUCCCUCGCCCUCGACAUAGUCGACCACACCUACCGCGCCCCGGCCUGGCGCCGCCACCGCACCCUGACCAAACUCGGCCUGCCGUCCCUAAUCGCCGCCGCAAUGCCCCUCGCCCUCUACAUGAUUGCCCAGGAACUCUCCGUCUACAGCGGCUUCAUCGACCCCUGGACCUUCAAAGUCUACGCCUUCGCCGGAAUGAGCACAUAUGUCAUGUGCACAGGCACCCUGGGUUUCGUCGCCCUCACUACUCACAACGACCAUCACGAUCGCGUCGUCUGGAGACCCGGUGUCCCCUUGCUCGACCGCUAUCUGAGGGAAGACGAGCGCGCCGCCCUCGAUCGCAUUGCCUGUGCAUGGGGGUUCAAGGAGCUGUGGAAGCGCGGGGAUGAGGAGGGCGAGGACUGGGAGGGGCUGCGGCAGUGGGUUUUGCUGAGGGGUAUGGUGCUUGAUAAGCCGGAACUUAUGCCUGGUAUGAAUCCUGGGCGUUGAAUAAACUCGGUUUCUUCCAUCAUCAAAACAUUGCUGGUUAGAUACUAAAUCCCGGCGUUGUAAAAAAUAUAUCCAC